AGUGUCAAGAUGGUGAAAAUUGGGCUGCAGUUCAAAGCCACUUUGGAAAAUGUCACAAAUGUGCGGCCAGUAGGUGAAGACUUCCGCUGGUUUCUAAAGUUAAAAUGUGCCAAUUGUGGUGAGAUCCCAGAGAAAUGGCAGUAUAUCAACCUUAUGGACAGUGUACCACUCAAAGGAGGAAGAGGGAGCGCCAGCAUGGUGCAGAAGUGUAAACUCUGUGCCAGGGAGAAUUCUAUUGAUAUCAUGAGAGACACAAUCACCCCGUACAAUGCUGAGGAUAGUGAGAGGUUUAAGACCAUGGUGCAGUUUGAGUGUCGAGGCCUGGAGCCGGUGGACUUCCAACCACAAGCGGGCUUUGCUGCAGAGGGAGCUGAGUCGGGGACCAAGUUUCCUGAAAUCACCCUACUGGAAAAAGACUGGACAGAAUAUGACGAGAAGGCCAGCGAGUCAGUGGGCAUCUAUGAGGUCACACACCAGUUCGUCAAGUGUUGAGUUACAGUCAAGUGCUUUGUACGACCAGCUAGCCCAGGUGACGGGAUGUAAACACACUGGCCAGAUAUCCACUGACUGAAAUGGCUGUCGGUAUCAGACGCUCCCAAUGCUAAUGCAGUGCUGUUUGGUUUGUGACAAGAAAGAAGCAUUUGAGGAUUGAUUGGGUGGAAUGUCCAUCCACAUCAUCCUGGAUUGAAUGAGAUAUGUGACCAUGCCUUUCCUUUUGACACUACCCCAAUAAAGAUCAUGAAUUAAAUAAAUAAAAAACUGAUGUGGUUUU